GCGCAGAUUUGUUGCGUAGGUACACAUGGCAUCUAUGGUUUUAUUCAGUCUGAAAUGGCGCUCCAGGCUUCAUUAGAAGGUGAAGCACUCUGCAAACUGCGAGGCCAUACAGAGAUUCCAGAAUAUGAUUAAGGCCCUAACCUUGCUAAGCUGGAUUUUCUUUAUUUCCCAAAAAGAAGACUAAUACUAUCCACUUGUACAACCAGAAGGGAGCUCACGUGUAAAGCGCCUCGUCCCCGGCCGGCCUCAAGCGGCGCUAGCUCUCUGGCUGGCGCUGGAGUGUGCCGCCCCUGGCAGCCCCGCCGCUGCAGCGGGGAGCCUGGGAGAGCGGCUCUCGGAGUCUCAGGCAGCAGGAGGAGCGUGUGAGCUGUGGGCGUCCCUUUAAGAGCGGCUGGCCAGGCACGGCCUCCGCCUCUCAGUACGCGGAGCGCCGGCGGUCACCUGGGGCUCGCGGAGCAGCCAGAUCGCGGCGGAGUCGGCGCGCUUCCCCGAGGGAAGGUGGGAGAGGGGACCCGGACGCGAGGUGCCCCGAAGCCCUCUCGAGCGUAACCGUCCCGCGCCUCUCUGAGGCGGAGGAUGCGGGAGCGCAUCUGGGCGCCGCUGCUGCUGCUGCCGCUGCUACUGCCGCCGCCACUGUGGGGCGGCCCCCCGGACAGCCCACGCCGGGAGCUGGAGCUGGAGCUGGAGCCCGGGCCUCUGCAGCCCUUCGACCUGCUCUACGCCAGCGGCGCGGCCGCCUACUACAGCGGAGACUACGAGCGAGCGGUGCGCGACUUGGAAGCGGCGCUGCGCAGCCACCGGCGCCUGCGGGAAAUCCGCACGCGCUGUGCCGGCCACUGCGGGGCGCGCCACCCGCUCCCGCCCCCGCCCCCCGGCGAGGGCCCCGGCGCUGAGCUGCCCCUUUUCCGCUCCUUGUUGGGGCGGGCGCGCUGUUAUCGCAGCUGUGAGACCCAGCGCCUCGGGGGCCCCGCAUCCCGCCACCGCGUCAGCGAGGAUGUGCGCAGCGACUUCCAGCGCAGAGUGCCCUACAACUACCUGCAGCGGGCCUACAUCAAGCUUAACCAGCUCGAAAAAGCAGUGGAAGCAGCUCACACAUUUUUCGUGGCUAACCCUGAGCACAUGGAAAUGCAGCAGAACAUUGAGAAUUACAGGGCGACAGCUGGUGUUGAAGCAUUGCAAUUGGUAGACAGAGAAGCCAAGCCACACAUGGAGAGUUACAAUGCAGGAGUUAAACAUUAUGAGGCUGAUGACUUUGAGAUGGCUAUCAAGCACUUCGAACAAGCCCUAAGAGAAUAUUUCGCUGAAGAUAUAGAAUGCCGGACCCUAUGUGAGGGGCCUCAGAGAUUUGAAGAAUAUGAGUAUUUAGGGUAUAAGGCUGGUCUGUAUGAAGCUAUUGCAGAUCACUACAUGCAGGUGCUUGUUUGUCAGCAUGAAUGUGUGAGGGAACUUGCCACCCGCCCUGGCCGCCUCUCUCCCAUCGAGAAUUUUCUUCCUCUGCACUAUGAUUACCUACAGUUUGCCUACUAUCGAGUUGGUGAGUAUGUGAAAGCCCUGGAGUGUGCCAAAGCCUAUCUUCUGUGCCAUCCAGAUGAUGAGGAUGUCCUAGACAAUGUGGAUUACUAUGAGAGUCUGCUGGAUGAUAGCAUUGACCCGGCAUCCAUUGAGGCCAGAGAGGAUUUAACAAUGUUUGUGAAACGUCAUAAGCUGGAGUCUGAGCUGAUAAAAUCAGCUGCAGAAGGUCUGGGGUUUUCAUACACUGAACCGAAUUAUUGGAUCAGAUAUGGAGGACGACAGGAUGAGAAUCGGGUCCCUUCAGGAGUGAACGUAGAGGGAGCAGAAGUUCAUGGAUUCUCAAUGGGAAAAAAGCUAUCACCCAAGAUAGAUCGAGACCUAAGAGAAGGUGGUCCUCUGCUCUAUGAGAACAUCACAUUCGUCUACAACUCGGAGCAGCUGAACGGGACUCAGCGGGUUCUCCUGGAUAACGUCCUGUCGGAAGAACAGUGCCGGGAGCUCCACAGCGUGGCCAGUGGAAUCAUGCUUGUUGGUGAUGGAUACAGAGGAAAAACUUCACCCCAUACACCUAAUGAAAAGUUUGAAGGUGCAACUGUCUUGAAAGCACUCAAAUCUGGUUAUGAAGGUCGAGUCCCACUGAAGAGCGCUCGUCUGUUUUAUGACAUCAGCGAAAAGGCUCGAAGGAUUGUAGAAUCUUAUUUUAUGCUGAACUCAACUCUGUAUUUUUCCUAUACACACAUGGUCUGCCGAACAGCCCUGUCUGGUCAGCAGGAUAGAAGAAAUGACCUCAGUCAUCCCAUCCAUGCUGACAACUGUUUGUUGGAUCCAGAGGCCAACGAAUGCUGGAAGGAGCCUCCUGCUUACACAUUUCGAGACUAUAGUGCUCUCCUAUAUAUGAAUGAUGACUUUGAAGGAGGAGAAUUCAUAUUCACAGAGAUGGAUGCUAAGACUGUGACUGCCUCUAUAAAACCAAAAUGUGGGCGCAUGAUCAGCUUCUCAUCUGGAGGAGAGAACCCUCAUGGGGUGAAGGCAGUCACCAAGGGAAAGAGGUGUGCUGUGGCUCUGUGGUUCACCUUGGACCCGCUUUAUAGAGAAUUGGAGCGAAUACAGGCUGAUGAAGUGAUUGCAAUUCUGGAUCAAGAACAGCAAGGGAAGCAUGAACUGAAUAUCAACCCUAAAGAUGAGCUAUAAAAAUGAGAAAGAAUGUUCUAUCAAAUAUUUAUUUAAAUUGUUAAUCUUAUGAGAACCUUUUUAUUUUUGUACAGAGCCAUGGUAUAAAUUAACAGGUUAAUGUCAGUCAUCAGAUCUUCCUUCUGUUCCUAAGGAUGCUUGUGUUGCCUCACUCAAUCUAUCAAUCUAUCUUUCUUGUUUUGGGUUGUUUUCUCUCUCUCUCUCUUCUUAGAGACAUGGUCUAACCAUGUUGUCUAGGAUAGAGGGCAGUGGCUAUUCAGAGAUGUGAUGAUAGCACACUGGAGCCUCAAACUCUUAGGCUCAGGCGAUCCUUCAAGCCUCCCGCGGAGCUGGGACCACAGGCACGUGCCACCACACCCAGCUCUCUUUCUUGGUUUUUCAUCAUUUCAUGUAUCUAUCAAAGCCCAGUUCACCUCCUCCCCCAAACACACACACACACACACACACACACACACACACACACACACACACAAUUAAGUUGCUGCAAAUUCAAAAGCUUAGAGAGAAUAAGCUUCUUGGUGAAACUACAACUCUCAUGUGUGCUCCAGUUCUAAAAUUAACCUGUGCCUGGUCUCUGAAGCCCUUUCUUACUCUGUGCCUUUCAGCCACAUCCUUAGGUGCUAACGGCCAUGAGCUCCAACUCUCCAAAGUGAGCUCCACUUUGGGUCUGAGGAGCCCCUGGCAGAGUCCACGCUGCCUCAGGUAUCAUGGGCGUAAUGAUCACCCAGGCUCCGGGAGAUCUCAUGGAUGAUUACUGUAUGAGACAGAGGGGACUGCAGUCUUUCCGGGGCCUUGGUGGAAUUUUUGGCUCUGGUGUUUUCGCCAGACAAUAAACUUACACUGGAAGCUUUGAUUCACCCUCCACAGUACUCCAGAAAGGACUGUCCUAUAAGUUGUACACUUUAAAAGGUCAUGUAGAGGUUGUAGUAGAAUGGCUUUUCACCCUGGUGACUUUGGAAGAAAAUCUUGAAUACUGCCUGCAUCCGGGCACAUAGGUUGCCUAGGAGUGGGGUCCACUGAUGGAAAGAGGUGUUUUGUACUUACAUAAGAAAAAUAAAUUUCUGAUUGAUUUUAA